AUGCCAACCUUAAAAAAUGUCACCUGCAACAUCCACAUAGACGGCAAGCGAGCCGAGAACUUCUCCCCAUUUGUCGAAGGCCAUAUCUAUAGAUCCUUCAUUGUUGCAGAGGACAGGAAACCGUAUACGUUCCACAUCCAGUUUGGAAAUACGGGGGGUCUGUCUCAUUGCAUUUGGAUCAAAGUCGAUGGUCAGAUCAUAAAUGGCCUUACGUGCGGGGAUGACGAGGUUGAAUUGGCGGGGUCGAAGUAUGGGCUUACUUUGUCUUAUGGGAAAAAGAUGUGGGAGUAUCGUCAUCUGGAGUUUAGGAAUUUAGAUGAAAUCGGCGACCCAAACGACCCAGAAGACCGACCCCACCGUCUCAAAAACGUCGGAAGAAUCUGCAUUAUAAUCCGACGACAGCACGGACAUCUCAAAGUCAUUAACGCAGACCCAGAGGGCAGUCCGGAGAACUUUGACAUGUUCGUCCCAUUAAAGUCCAUCCCGGAAAGCGAAAGAAAGAAAAGGAAUAUUACCCACGGAACGGAGGUCAGCCAAGAAGUUGCAGACUUUUAUGAUGCAACGAGGAUCUGUGUGCCAAAUCAGUUGGAAGAGCAUAAUCAUGUUAUUUUUGUUUUUGAGUAUGCUUCUAGAGCGAUGCUAAGGAAAAUGGGAGUUCUACCACCGGACCAAAUGUGCAUCGACGAUGAUCUUGUGGGGAUGACCAUGGACAAUCUCCAACAAGAGGUUAUGAGCCUUAGGAACAAAAACAAUUGCGAUCAGCAGAAGAAAUCGAAUGGCUGGCGUUGGCCCUGGAAAAAGGCCAAGCAACCAAAGGCUGAAGAGGCUCCAGCUUCGGAAAAGACCAAGUGGGAUAGUUUAGACCAAAAAUCAUCCUUCACAACCGAGAGGCUUGUUGAGCUGCCAGAGGAAAAGAAACCUUCUAAGAUUAGGAAGGCUUUUUGCUUCUAA